GGGGGUAGGGUCUGAAAUGUAAAGCUAAACUCGCCUUCCACCGGAAGCGCAGCUGAACUAGAUAUCAUUAGUACGGGACGUCUGGAUGGAACAGCAAACUGGAAUUUUAUCAAGGAAUUUGUUUGGCACGUCUUGGGGCAAGUUUGGUAAAGCCACAUAUCCGCAUUGGGCGCAGAGCUCUGACCGAGGUAGGUUAUUAUCACAACUGUCUAAACCUACCGGCUAAAAUGCUUCAACAAAGCGCGAGGCGUGUAGCACAGGCCCUUAGACGUUUUGAUCGCAGUUGCUAGCUACUUUAUAGUUAUAGUAUAAAAAGUGUAGCCAGUCGUGCUAUUGCAGAGUGUAUUGGAAAUCCAGGCAGUGAGUGUACGCCUGAUCAGACUCGCUAUUAUGUUUGGUGUCUGUUUUGGUCAUGCUAGUAGUAGAUUCGAUCUGUCAAACCACAGAAGAUAGCUCGUGCGUGUAGCGAGCCAGUUUACUUGUUGUAGCAGUCGGGGAUUAUGCGUGGGGUUAGGUAACGAUGACUAGAUGAACUAAAUGUAUCACACUGCUCUGGGCAAUAAUACAGAAAUGAUUUGGUAUUAGCCUCUAGGUUGCGUGCAAGAAUUAGAUUGAAAUAUGUUUAUUUUAGACAUUUUAAAAUGUAGAUUUGUGACCUUUGGGAUUAAAUGUAGUUCAUUAUCCAGCUAUCAUAAUGUCUUACAUUCAAUCACUGGGCAUCUCUUGGUUAAUCAAACAUGUUGUAUUGGCAAUACAAUUAUCUGAACUGGAAUCUGACCCAAGUAUCCCUCUUGUCCCCUCUCUCUGCGCCGCUGGCCCUUCAGCCCAUGUAAUGAUGUUGUCUUCUGUUCCGGUUGAUCCAAGAGUUGGUCAGCAGCUGCCCGGCACCACGUCGGUGGGUCCGGUGGGUCCAUGCCCCUCUCUCUCCCAGCUGUACAAUGAACGACUGGCCACUGGGUGCAGAGAGACUAGCAAGGACCAGAGGACUGCUGUGGAGGGUGGAGGACCUCUGGUGACUAUGUCUCACAGACCAGCAGAGAGCAGAGCUAGAGAUAGUACUCUUGGGAUGGACUCUUGUGUGAAAGAGAGACAGACCCCGGCAGAGCACAGGCAGAGGGCUUUGGGCUCAGUCUCCAGUCUGAGAGGUCCUGUCUAUGGGACUGUAGGCUCUUCUGACUUCAGAAGAACAGAGACACAAGUGUCAGACCAGGUGGGGAAUGUGUGUGGUGUUCUUAGUGCAGGGAUCAUCAACUAGAUUCAGCCACGGGACAAUUUUUUAUUUUCUUGAGUGGAUGGUCGAGGGGGGCUGGACCAUAAUUACCAAUCAUUUUUAGACUGAAAAUUAACCACAAGAAGCCCAAACAGAUAUAAUGUUUGACAAAAACAUAAUCAUUUCAAACCUUGCUUACAUCUGUAUACGAUCACGUGUCUCUCUAUUAUGCGUGGGAAUAAUUGGCAACAUAUUUAUUAAAUUGAAGUCACUUGUAGCUGAUUUCCUGGUGUUUUUACAGUCUCAUGUCCAACAAUGAAAAUGCAAAAAAUUAUAUAAGUACAGCACCAGUCAAAAGUUUGGACACACCUACUAAUUCAAGGGUUUUUCUUCGUUUUUACUAUUUUUUACAUUGUAGAAUAAUAGUGAAGACAUCAAAACUAUGAAAUAACACACAUGGAAUCAUGUAGUAACCAAAAAAGUGUUAAACAAAUCAAAUAGCCACCCUUAGCCUUGAUGACAGCUUUGCACACUCUUGGCAUUCUCUCAACCAGCUUCACCUGGAAUGCUUUUCCAACAGUCUUGAAAGGAGUUCCCACAUAUGCUAAGCACUUGUUGGCUGCUUUUCCUUCACUCUGCCUUCCGACUCAUCCCAAACCAUCUCAAUUGGGUUGAGGUCGGGGCAUUGUGGAGGCCAGGUCAUCUGAUGCAGCACUCCAUCACUCUCCUUCUUGGUAAAAUAGCCCUUACACAGCCUGGAGAUGUUUGGUCAUUGUCCUGUUGAAAAACAAAUGAUAGUCCCACUAAGCCCAAACCAGAUGGGAUGGUGUAUUGUUGCAGAAUGCUGUGGGAGCCAUGCUGGUUAAGUAUGCCUUGAAUUCUAAAUAAAUCACAGACAGUGUCACCAGAAAAGCACCCCCACACCAUAACACCUCCUCCUCCAUGCUUUACAGUGGGAACUACACAUGCGGAGAACCAAAAAUCUCCAAUUUGGACUCCAGACCAAAGAACACAUUUUCACCAGUCUAAUGCCCAAGCAGGUAUCUUCUUCUUAUAAGUGUCCUUUAGUAGUGGUUUCUUUGCAGCUAUUCAACCACGAAGGCCUGAUUCACACAGUCCCCUCUGAACAGUUGAUGUUGAGAUGUGUCUGUUACUUGAACUCUGUGAAGCAUUUAUUUGGGCUGCAAUUUCUGAGGCUGGUAACUCUAAUGAACUUAUCCUCUGCAGCAGAGGUAACUCUGGGUCUUCCAUUCCUGUGGCGGUCCUCAUGAGAGCCAGUUUCAUCAUAGCGCUUGAUGGUUUUUGCGACUGCACUUGAAGAAACGUUCAAAGUUCUUGACAUUUUCCGUAUUGACUGACCUGAAUGUCUUAAAGGAAUGAUUGACUGUCAUUUCUCUUUGCUUAUUUGAGCUGUUCUUGCCAUAAUAUGGACUUGGUCUUUUACCAAAUAGGGCUAUCUUCUAUAUAUGCCCCCUACCUUGUCACAACACAACUGAUUGGCUCAAACAGAUUAAGAAGGAAAUACAUUCCACUGAUGAACUUUUAAGAAGGCACACCUGUUAAUUGAAAUGCAUUCCAGGUGACUACCUCAUGAAGCUGAUUGAGAGAAUGGCAAGAGUGUGCAAAGCUGUCAUCAAGGCAAAGGGUGGCUAUUUGAAGAAUCUCAAAUAUAUUUAACACUUUCUUUGAUUCCAAAUGUGUUAUUUCAUAGUUUUGAUGUCUUCACUAUUAUUCUACUAUGUAAAUAAUUGUAAAAAUAAAGAAAAAGCCUUGAAUGAGUAGGUGAGUCCAACCUUUUGACUGGUGGUGUGUGUAUAUUUAUACUCUACCAUUCAAAAGUUUGGGGUCACUUAGAAAUGUCCUUGUUUUUGAAAGAAAAGCAAAAAAAAAAUGUCCAUUUUAAAAUAAUAUCAAAUUUAUCAGAAAUACAGUGUAGACAUUGUUAAUGUUGAAAAUGGCUAUUGUAGCUGGAAACGGCUGAUUUUUAAUGGAAUAUCUACAUCGGUGUACAGAGGCCCGUUAUCAGCAACCAUCAGUCCUGUGUUCCAAUGGCACGUUGUGUUUGCUAAUCCAAAUGUAUCAUUUUAAAAGGCUAAUUGAUCAUUAGAAAACCCUUUUGCAAUUAUGUUAGCACAGCUGAAAACUGUUGUGCUGAUUUAAAGAAGCAAUAAAACAGGCCUUUUUGAGACUAGUUGAGUAUCUGGAGCAUCAGCAAUUGUGGGUUCGAUUACAAGCUCAAAAUGGCCAGAAACAAAUAACUUUCUUCUGAAACUCGUCAGUCUAUUCUUGUUCUGAGAAAUGAAGGCUAUUCUAUGCGAGAAAUUGCCAAGAAACUGAAGAUCUCAGGGCAGCAGGUAGCUUCGUGGGUAAGAACGUUGUGCCAGUAACCGAAAGGUCGCUGGUUCUAAUCCCCGAGCCGACUAGAUGAAAAAUCUGUCUGUGCCCUUAAGCAAGGCACUUAACCCUAAUUGCUCCUGUAAGUCACUCUGGAUAAGGGCGUCUGCUAAAUCACUAAAAUGUAAAAAAUGUAAAUCUCGUACAACGCUGUGUACUACUCCCUUCACAGAACAGUGCAAACUGGCUCUAACCAGAAUAGAAAGAGGAGUGGGAGGCCCCGCUGCACAACUGAGCAAGAGGACAAAUACAUUAGUGUCUAGUUUGAGAAACAGGCGCCUCACAGGUCCUCAACUGGCAGCUUCAUUAAAUAGUAGAAGGUCAGCAUCCCGGAGUCACCUCUUCACUGUUGACGUUGAGACUGGUGUUUUGCAGGUACUAUUUGAUGAAGCUGCCAGGUGAGGACCUGUGAGGCGUCUGUUUCUCAAACUAGACACUCUAAUGUAUUUGUCCUCUUGCUCCGUUGUGCACUGGGGCCUCCCACUCUGUUAAUACUAAAUUGUAAUUAUUUUGCACUAUGGUCUAUUUAUUGCCUUACCUCCAUAACUUACUACAUUUGCACACACUGUAUAUAUAUUUUAUAUUGUGUUAUUAACUGUAUGUUUUGUUUUAUCCCAUGUGUAACUGUGUUGUUGUUUUUAUCGCACUGCUUUGCUUUAUCUGGGCCAGGUCGCAGUUGUAAAUGAGAACUUGUUCUCAACUGGCUUACCUGGUAAAUAAAGGUGAAAUAAAAAUAAAUACAACUCCUCUUUCUAUUCUGGUUAGAGCCAGUUUGCGCUGUUCUGUGAAGGGAGUAGUACACAGCGUUGUACGAGAUCUUCAGUUUCUUGGCAAUUUCUCGCAUGGAAUAGCCUUCAUUUCUCAGAACAAGAAUAGACUGAUGAGUUUCUGGCCAUUUUGAGCCUGUAAUCGAACCCACAAUUGCUGAUGCUCCAGAUACUCAACUAGUCUCAAGAAGGCCAGUUGUAUUGCUUCUUUAAUCAGCACAACAGUUUUCAGCUGUGCUAACAUAAUUGCAAAAGGGUUUUCUAAUGAUCAAUUAGCCUUUUAAAAUGAUAAACUUGGAUUAGCAAACACAACGUGCCAUUGGAACACAGGACUGAUUGUUGCUGAUAAUGGGCCUCUGUACGCCUAUGUAGAUUUCCAUAAAAAAUCUGCAGUUUCCAGCUACAAUAGCCAUUUACAACAUUAACAAUGUCUACACUGUAUUUCUGAUCAAUUUGAUGUUAUUUAAUGGAACAAAAAAUUGCUUUACUUUCGAAAACAAGGACAUUUCUAAGUGACCCCAAACUUUUGAACAGUAGUGUUUAUUUAUUUGCUCAAAACUUGGAGGGGCAAAUAAAAAGACAGGCGGGCCAAAUCCAGCCCGCUGGCCUCCAGUUGGUGAACCCUGUCUUAGAAUAUGCUAAUGUUUCUGCAUGUGUAUCCCAUGUCUGUGUAUUGGAUCGUGUGUAAACUUGUGUGUGGUCAUUUUCAGGUCCAAGGCAUUCAAAGACCCGGCAACAAAGGCAAUGUCUGGGUUCAUCCAAAACAACUAGGUAAUGUACAAUUGUGGAUAUCAGUUUGUUGUGCAUAGAAACUAGGGGUUUGCCAACCUGGCCAUACUCGUAAUCGUAUCCGUAAAUUGACAGUUGAUAGCCGAAUCGGAUCGGAUGAUACUCGUGAUCAGAAAACACGGAAUGUUUUAAUAUGCCUAAGUAAAUGUUUACAAAAUACCUAUCUCCCUGCAAGUUUAUAGACCAAAAAAGCUUCAGAUUAGGAGCAGCGCACGAAGGGUGUGUGUGUGUGUCCUCAACUUCUUGCAACGGGCAGACAAGUUUGCAGUCACUCAAUAAGAAUGCGCAUCAGCAUUUAAUAUUUUUUUACCUACCCCUUCCCCGCUUGUUAGAUAGGCUAUAUCUUGCUAGCAAACAUCCUCUCCGUUUGAUUUAUCAUAGUUGUAGGCUAACAGGAGGCAGCAGCAAUCUAAAUUAUCAGACCGAAACAUGCGAGAAGUGAUCGGUUGAAAUGAUGAAACAAAGUGUCCCAAACCUAACAACCAACCUCCCCAGUCCCCACUCACCCUCUCUGUGACUGUGUUCUGUGCACAGAGCCUACCUCCCCUCCUCCGCCUCAGGUGUGCCCCCCUGAGCCUGCUCCCCCGGCUGGCCCCACAGGAGAGCAGCUGGGGACCCUGAAGCGCUGCCUGGAAGCCCACCAGACAGAGAUGAAGCGGCUGCUGACGGGGGCCCUCGGCUCCCUGUGCCAGCGUCUGGAGGUGGUGGAGAGGAGGAUGGAGCAGCUCUGUGAGCAGGGCACCACACAUGACAACAGUCUGGCUCUGCUCAGCACCCAGGUGGGCCAGCUGGCAAGAGGGAUGACCGCCGCUGCCACCAAACAGGACCUGUCACCUCUCCAUGGUCUGGGUGAGUUGAAGUUGACGCACUAAGGAUUAGAAGGCACUACGCUGAAAUGUGUGUGUGUGUGCAUGCCUCCCUGUUACAUUUUAUUAAGUAAUUUUUAAAAGUGUGGAUUAUAUAGUUUUGAAUCUGUGAGUUUAGUCACACUGACACACUAGUGAGAGGGUGUAAAAGGUCAGGGAUCAUCAACUAGAUUCAGCCGCCGGACAAUUUUUCUAUUGAGCGGAUGGUCAGGGGUCUGGAACAUAAUUACAAUUACAUAAUAUUUUACUAAAACAUAAUCAUUUCAAACCUUGCUUACGUUUGUAUAUGAUAUUUAUUCUUGAGUGGAUGGUCGGGGGAGCCGGAACAUAAUUACAAAUAAUUUUUAGACUGCAAAUUAACCGCAAGAAGCCCAAGCAGAUAUAAUGUUUGACUAAAACGUAAUAAUUUCAAACCUUGCUUACAUUUGUAUACGAUCACGUGUCUCUAUUAUGUGUGGAAAUACUUGGGAACAGAUUUUUCAAAUUAAAAUCACUUUGAGGUAAUUUCCUAGUGUUUUUACCUUUUUUUAUGUGCAACAAUGAAAAAAAUUAAUUAACUCAGCAAAAAAAGAAACGUCCUCUCACUGUCAACUGUGUUUAUUUUCAGCAAACUUAACAUGUUAUGUUCAUACAAAUAUUUACACAAGAUUCAACAACUGAGUCAUAAACUGAACAAGUUCCACAGACAUGUGACUAACAGAAAUUGAAUAAUGUGUCCCUGAACAAAGGGGGGGUCAAAAGUAACAGUCAGUAUCUGGUGUGGCCACCAGCUGCAUUAAGUACUGCAGUGCAUCUCCUCAUGGACUGCACCAGAUUUGCCAGUUCUUGCUGUGAGAUGUUACCCCACUCUUCCACCAAGGCACCUGCAAGUUCUGGGACAUUUCUGGGGGGAAUGGCCCUAGCCCUCACCCUCCGAUCCAACAGGUCCCAGACAUGCUCAAUGGGAUUGAGAUCCGGGCUCUUCGCUGGCCAUGGCAGAACACUGACAUUCCUGUCUUGCAGGAAAUCACGCACAGAACGAGCAGUAUGGCUGGUGGCAUUGUCAUGCUGGAGGGUCAUGUCAGGAUGAGCCUGCAGGAAGGAUACCACAUGAGGGAGGAGAAUGUCUUCCCUGUAACGCACAGCGUUGAGAUUGCCUGCAAUGACAACAAGCUCAGUCCGACGAUGCUGUGACACACCGCCCCAGACCAUGACGGACCCUCCACCUCCAAAUCGAUCCCGCUCCAGAGUACAGGCCUCGGUGUAACGCUCAUUUCUUCGACGAUAAACGCGAAUCCGACCAUCACCCCUGGUGAGACUGCGAGGACGAUCAGCUGUCCGUCCUGUCUCCCUGUACGGACAUUGCAAUUUAUUGCCCUGGCCACAUCUGCAGUCCUCAUGCCUCCUUGCAGCAUGCCUAAGGCAUGUUCACACAGAUGAGCAGGGACCCUGGGCAUCUUUCUUUUGGUGUUUUUCAGAGUCAGUAGAAAGGCCUCUUUAGUGUCCUAAGUGUUCAUAACUGUGACCUUAAUUGCCUACCAUCUGUAAGCUGUUAGUGUCUUAAUGACCAUUCCACAGGUGCAUGUUCAUUAAUUGUUUAUGGUUCAUUGAACAAGCAUGGGAAACAGUGUUUAAACCCUUUACAAUGAAGAUCUGUGAAGUUAUUUGGAUUUUUACGAAUUAUCUUUGAAAAGGGACGUUUCAUUUUUUGCUGAGUUUAUAUAUGUAUCUAUAUAUUUUUUUACUCAGAAAACAUGGGGGGCCAAAUAAUACCAUUUGGCCCGCAGGCUGCCAGUUGGGGAACCCUGGGCUAGGUGGUUGCAUGGCUGCAGUGUUUAACUACUUGAUUGAAGAUUAUUUUGUUGGUAAGUAAUGUUUCGGUUUCUUGUGUUGGUACAGGAAAGGAACCAAGAGCGCUGAAAGAAGAGAAGGUGGACUUCACCAAGUUGUUACCACACAGUCCAAACCCUUCGUGCAAUAUGGGCUCCUCAGGAACAGAUUUAGACAAGGGGAGCGUCACUGGAUGUCAAUGGAGGAUGACGACAACAUAUUCACCCAGCCACAGUCCGGCCCAGAGCGGUGACCACAAAGAGGGGUUAGGUGGGAAAAAGAGAAGAACAGAGUCUGGCCGGUCUUUAUUCUCCAUGGGAAAAACUCAGUCUGAGGGGGUCACGGAGGGGUGCAUACAGGGGAACUACUCCCCUGUGUCAGACUUUGAGGAUCUGGACAUGGAGCUGGCGGCCGAGAAGGGGCGGGUCGCUCUCACCUGGUUGGUCAAAUCUGCCCUGGUGGACACAGAAUCUAGUGACAGCCAGGAAGUGCCCCUUCCAUCCCCUUCUCAGAAGGCACAAUCUGGGGACACUCAAGGGAACAGGAGAGAGAGUAUGGAGACACAUCCACACUCUCCUCAUGUACACUUCCCCACUGAAUCCCAAGGCCAGUCCAAAAGCACUGAGGUCCCCAAGUGUCCACUUACGGGUAAGGGUAGGACUAUGGCUGCAUUUCCUGAGGGGGUCCAGUUGAGCCCUAUAGGAGCUUGCUCUCUGUCGCCACAUUCCGUUAAAGUCGUAGGGUCAUCUGGUUCUGAGCACACGGGCAGAAUAGCUCCUGCUCCAACUAAUGUCCAGCUUAGGAUCACCAGCCCACCUCGCACUGACCACACGGCCUACGCUCAGUCCUCCAAAGAGACAGAGAAAGACCGGAAGCCUGAGAGGAAGAGGCGGAACAAGAGGGAAGCUAAGGCACACUUGGUCGGUGAGUUUAACUCCACCGCCACCAUGUCCGUCAAGAGUAGCUUCUCCACCCAGAUACAGGACCAACCGCAGGUUGGUGUUGGCAGGGAGGCAGCCGAGGAGAGGCAGCAGAGUCAACAACACAAGCGGUUUGUAGAGGGUAUGAGGGUGUCAUAUGGUGGGCGAGAAAAUCAGACUCUAAACUUUACCAUACCUCCCCAUCAGCAACACUCUCCAUUGUCCCACGCCCAGCUGAAGUCUCCAGACAGAGCGUCAUCAGGUUCAGUCUUUGCAUCCUAUUCCCGGUCCCCUCUGCCCUCCCCACCCAUGUCUGGCUACAUGGACCCUCAGAAGGGCAAACAAGCCACGGAUCGAUCCCUCCUGCCCUUCCACUCUACCAGCCCCUCUCUAGACUCCUCCAUAGUCUCCAAGCUCUCCUCUCCCCGAAAUGGCUCUAAUACAUCUCUCAUGGUUGGUGUUAGAUCCAUCCACCACCAAGGCCAGGCCCUCCUGCUCCAGCUGUCGGACACAGCCAGCCAGCUCGUACCUUCCAGUCCUUCCCCGGAGCUCCCCUCACCCCCGGAUGGUGGUCAAAGCAGACGGGGGAACCUCCCGCGCUUCUUCAACUCCAAGCUCAAGAACCACUGGAAUAAGGACCGGCCCUCCUGUAAGAAGCGGCUGCUGAAAGGCGUUCGCAGCACUAGCGGCGCUCUAGCCAUGUCUCUCCCGGAGCUGGAGGAGGAGACGUCGCAGCACCACUGGCAGCCCCUGGUGAUUCUGGGCAGCCCAGUCUUGCCUCUCUCCCCCCUGCAGCUGGGGCCCCUAGCCCAGAACUUCUCCUCCUCCUGCUGUAGCAGCAAGGUCCUGGACCGAGACAUGUCCACCCUGCAGCGCGGCCUCUUCGACGCCACAGGCCAGUUCCCCAUGUCCCUCUUCAGUCAGAUGGGCUUCUCCAAGCUCUCCAAGGGGGGUCUGAGCACCGUGCUGGCCGCAUCCUCCUCCGCCUCCUUCCGCCGCUGGUUCAGACAUAAGCGCCCCACGCCCCUCAUGAAGCUGUCGGCCACAGCAGUGGAGACGGUGAUGUUUCAGAUUAUAGAGUCACGGAAGAAGUACAUGUAUCCUCCCCUCAAGGACUACACAGGCCCUCCUGGCCUGGACAAUGACCACAGGUCAGUAUUGAUAGUCAUUUUCAUGUGUUAAUGACUUAUGAAAAUGGCUCUAUGUUAAUAGAGAAAAUAAAGAUAUACUUAUUAUAGUAAACAUUUGAAGAAAUUCUGCUGAUUUCUUGUUUGCUUGCUUGCUUGUUUGUAAUUGCAGUUAUGCUCAAUCAUGCAGUCAAGAGGCUACCUCUGUCAGAAAUUCUAGCACAGCAAGGUGAGCAGACAUCUAGACGUGGCAGUAUUGAAUGUCCAUGAAAUGCAAAUGUAAUAAUUGAUUGGCAAACGAAUAUGGGCUGACUACAUUACAUCUGUUACGGCUGUUGUCAGUGGCAUCUCAAAGCAUAAACAGCAUAUUGAAGUGAUGCACAACCUAUGCCUAUUAUUGAAUAUCAUCACUAACUAUGUGUCUCCAUCCUGUUUUCCGCUCAGCAGUAUGUCUCUCACCUUCCCACCCACACGGCGACGUAGGGUCAGAUUCACCCCAGAGCGGGCCCUUUCCAGCCCCAAGACAAGUCAUAGCCACAGCCCCAAGACCAUGCGUCUGGAUAACCAGCCCGAGCCUGUGCCCAGCUUAGCUAUCGCCAGUGCCAACGUCAAAUACCCCGGUCUGCAUGGGCAUGGCCGCAGCCCAUCCAGAGAGGUGAGCCUGGCAUGUACAGUGACUGUAAAUAUCAUACACAAUAGUCUUAGAAUGGACUUUGUUUGAUUGUACUAUACAGACUAGAUCAGGGAUGGGCAACUUGGAUGGGGGAACCCAUCAUGAGGGGCCGCAUUUGCUCGUGGGUCUCUCUCACUCUGCAUGGCAUGCACAUGCUGGCCAAUCACAAGUGUCGUGGAAAUUCUUACACAGGGACACUAUGUCAAUCUUAAAUGAAUCAUUCUUUAUUAUCAGCGCGCUGGAGAGGUUCCAACAAACUUGAUGCACCAUAGUGAAUGUCUGUCAGGAGCUCUAAUGGGGCAGUCCCGUUUAGUUCCCUUAUAUACAGUGAGGGAAAAAAGUAUUUGAUCCCCUGCUGAUUUUGCACGUUUGCCCACUGACAAAGACAUGAUCAGUCUAUAAUUUAUUUUAAUUGUAGGUUUAUUUGAACAGUGAGAGACAGAAUAACAACAAAAAAAUCCAGGAAAACGCAUGUCAAAAAUGUUAUAAAUUGAUUUGCAUUUUAAUGAGGGAAAUAAGUAUUUGACCCCUCUCAAUCAAAGAUUUCUGGCUCCCAGGUGUCUUUUAUACAGGUAACGCGCUGAGAUUAGGAGCACACUCUUAAAGGGAGUGCUCCUAAUCUCAGCUUGUUACCUGUAUAAAAGACACCUGUCCACAGAAACAAUCAAUCAAUCAGAUUCCAAACUCUCCACCAUGUCCAAGACCAAAGAGCUCUCCAAAUGGGCUACAAGACCAUCGCCAAGCAGCUUGGUGAGAAGGUGACAACAGUUGGUGCGAUUAUUCGCAAAUGGAAGAAACACAAAAGAACUGUCAAUCUCCCUCGGCCUGGGGCUCCAUGCAAGAUCUCACCUCGUGGAGUUGCAAUGAUCAUGAGAACGGUGAGGAGAACUACACGGGAGGGUCUUGUCAAUGAUCAGCUGGGACCAUAGUCACCAAGAAAACAACUGGUAACACACUACGCCGUGAAGGACUGAAAUCCUGCAGCGCCCGCAAGGUUCCCCUGCUCAAGAAAGCACAUAUACAGGGCCGCCUGAAGUUUGCCAAUGAAUAUCUGAAUGAUUCAGAGGAGAACUGGGUGAAAGUGUUGUGGUCAGAUGAGACCAAAAUCGAGCUCUUUGGCAUCAACUCAACUCGCCGUGUUUGGAGGAGGAGGAAUGCUGCCUAUGACCCCAAGAACACCAUCCCCACCGUCAAACAUGGAGGUGGAAACAUUAUGCUUUGGGGGUGUUUUUCUGCUAAGGGGACAUGGAUCUCUCUCCAUGCUCACUCCAUGUGGACUCAUGUCACACUCCUGAGAGAAAAGGCAUGUGAGAAAAGGCAGUUGAUAGCUUUGACUGGAUGCUGUGUACAGGUUGCUGGCUCGGACCGUACUGAACGCUGUUGUCGCCAUUGCUUCAGCCGGUUAGGGGUGGGGUGGGGGUUGAGGUUCACACUGUUCUUGGUCAAAUUAUCCUUUCCAUGCAUCUAGACACCACCUGUGCUCACCUUCGGCAUAACCGCGACAGAGGACAGACCAGAACAACAGUUUAGUUUAGGGCAUUUCUGAUUCAAGAAAUCCAGACAAAUUAUUUACUGUAUGACACAUUUUUACUACUACCUGAUUCAGGAAUUCCAGACAAAUGAAUUACUGAAUGACAAAUUAUUACUACUACAAAUAUUCUUAAUAAAGAUCCUUCACACAAGCAUCUCCGCUUAGAGCGUGCAUUUAGAUGCUGGUGAGGAGAGAAAGGGCUUCACCAAAGACAGUACAGUGGCAUUGUGAAGCAUUGCAAUACUGGACUAUUUUGUAUCAAGUCUGCCCAAAUGUUCAGAAUUGGUCAAUUGAUACAUUUUCAAGUACAUGUAGGCCCGUGUAGCUCAGUUGGUUGAGCAUGGCGCUUGCAACACCAGGGUUGUGGGUUCGUUUCCCACGGUGGGCCAGUAUGAAAAUGUAUGCACUCACUAUCUGUAAGUCGGUCUGGAUAAGAGCGUCUGCUAAAUGACUAAAAUGUAAAAAAUGUACAUGACUAUAGAGAACAUACAAAAAUGAUAUGGUAAUACAAAAUGUAAGUUUACACACUCCCAGGAAUGUCAUACAUGAUGGAUCAUUAGCUUAUACACUAACUUUCUCACAUCUAGAUGGCCGGGCGGGGUGGGUGUGGAGCCAGAGACUGCAGGGGUUCAAACUGUAGAACCCAGUUCCUACAUUUGAAUAUAAAAAUGGAUUUUAUCAAACAAAACUAUGCUACAUUUUAUCUCUGGGACCCUUAGGAUGACAAAUCAGAGCAAGAUUACUGAAUGCAAGUACAUUAUUUACCUUCAGAGGUGAAUGUAUCAAACCAGUUGCCAUGAUAAGUAUUUUGUUGUUGUGCACACUCCUCAAACAAUAGCAUGGUAUUUUUUCACUGUAAUAGCUACUGUAAAUUGGACAGUGCAGUUAGAUUAACAAGAAUUUAAGCUUUCUGCACAUAUAAGACAUGUAUGUCCUGGAAAGUUUGCUGUUACUUACAACAGUCAUGCUAAUCACAUUAGCGCACGUUAGCUCAACCGUCCCGUAUACGGGACACCGAUCCCGUAAAGGUUAAUGCACCUUGGCAUCAGUGGUGGCUCCUGAGGGAGUGCGGCUCAUAAAUGGCUGGAAUGGAGUCAAUGGAAUGGUGUCAAACGUGGUUUACAUGCAUAGCUGCGGGAAGAUGUUUGUGGGUUCUGAUUUUUCAUGGGUUGCUGCAGCACCCCUACUUCCCACGGCUAUGUUUCCAUGUGGUUGAUACCAUUCCAUUCACUCCAUUCCAGCCAUUACAAUGAGCCAUCCUUCCCUCAGCAGCCUCCACUGCUUGGCAUAGAUUCUGAAAGUGUCUGAAACUCUAUUGGAGGGAUGUGACAAUGUUAGGGAUGUAACGAUUCACUAUUCAUCAAUACCCAUUGGUCUUCGGUUCAAAUGUUUAAGAUAUGAAUGCUUCGAUCCCCGAGAGCCCAAACCGAUCCAAAUGAAGCAUGCAUCGGUCAGAAAACCGAUUCAAAAGUUACCAAUCCCUGAUUUUUUUUACUCAGUUUUAUUCUGAAAAUACCUCAUCUGUUGUGAGUGAAUUGAUGCGUCCUUUCCUUCAGUUCAGUAGCCUAUCGAACUUGAAUGUGUGUAACUGCGUAUGAAUGUCAGAUAACUGUAUGCAUAGUGCGGGAGAGACAGCUGCUCACGCCAACGAGAGGUAGGCUUAUCCCUGUUCUAAUAGGCUAUUCGCAGCACCUUCAGCAUUCAGAUGUUUGUAAAAUGGCUUUUCACAAUGUCAAAUCAUAGGCUUAGUUGAGUGACAAGCAAUGUAAUUUGAUUGUCACUCAACUAAUUGUAAUUCAACUAAAUGUUACCAAAUGCGCUGUAGAAAGUUUUGUUUUAUCUGAGUUGUGUAGCCUACCGGAGUGGACGCAAGUGUAUUUGGUCAUUUCUACAUGAACAGCGUAAUUUCAUAAACGACAGCAAUACUUUUUUGGAGCUGUGCAUGGUAGCAUUCAUUGGUUGGAGUGGGAGAAACUCUCCAUAAAAUUCCAAACUGUGUAAACCAUUUACUUUUGAGACUGGGUAAAAUCCAAAGCUGCAGUAUAUUAAUUGGCUAAAUGCUAUUCUAAUUUGUAAAGAUUAGUAUUGUCAUAGUACCAACUCACAACAUUUUUUUAUCUGCAAAAAUGACAAGUUAAUCAGUGGGUGAUUUCAGAUAAAAAGUAGGGGGACAAAAAGCAUAAAUUGCCCCCACCCCUAAUCUGAAAGUGGGGUGGUAGAUGCUUCCCGAUGGUUCAGCUCAGGUACCUACACACACCAUUGACAUUGAGACACACACACACACUGAGGGCCACUCCGCUUAGAGAAGUAAUCUCAGACAGAUCCAGCUCGGAGGCCCAGCUCCUGAGCUCCCAUCAGCAGCAGAUAAAAAUUGAAAAUGAAUGUGUUUAUGCAAAAAAAAAUUGUGCAUGGAAUUGUAUUGUAUCGAUCCGAAUCACAUCAAUUCAUUCCCCUAAUAAAACCAAAUCGCACUGAAUUGUUCCAGACGAAAACGUAUAGUUCCUGUAUUGUAUCGGAGCCCAUGUAUCUUAAAUCACAAUGUAUUAGUCACAUGCGCCGAAUACAACAUGUGUAGACCUUACCGUGAAAUGCUUACUUACAAGCCCUUAACCAGCAAUGCAGUUCAAGAAAUAGAGUUAAGAAAAUAUUUGCUAAAUGAACAAAAGUAUAAAAUAAAAUAAAAAGUAAUAAAAUAAGAUUACAUAACAAUAACGAGGCUAUAUACAGGGGGUACCGUAACCGAGUCAAUGUGCAGAGGUACAGGUUAGUCGAGGUAAUUUGUACAUGUAGGUAGGGGUAAAGUGACUAUGCAUAAAUAAUACAAAGUGAGUAGCAGCAGUGUAAAAAGAAAGGGGGGGGGGGUCAAUGUAAAUAGUCCGGGUGGCCAUUUGUUUAAUUCUUCAGCAGUCUUAUGGCUUGGGGAUAGAAGCUGUUAAGGAGCCUUUUGGAUAUAGACUUGGCGCACCGGUCCCGCUUGCCGUGCGGUAGCAGAGAGAACAGUCUAUGACUUGGGUGACUGGAGUCUUUGAUAAUUUUUUGGGCCUUCCUCUGACACCGCCUAGUAUAUACAGUGGGGGGGGGGAAAGUAUUUAGUCAGCCACCAAUUGUGCAAGUUCUCCCACUUAAAAAGAUGAGAGAGGCCUGUAAUUUUCAUCAUAGGUACACGUCAACUAUGACAGACAAAAUGAGAAAAGAAAAUCCAGAAAAUCACAUUGUAGGAUUUUUAAUGAAUUUAUGGUGGAAAAUAAGUAUUUGGUCACCUACAAACAAGCAAGAUCUCUGGCUCUCACAGACCUGUAACAACUUCUUUAAGAGGCUCCUCUGUCCUCCACUCGUUACCUGUAUUAAUGGCACCUGUUUGAACUUGUUAUCAGUAUAAAAGACACCUGUCCACAACCUCAAACAGUCACACUCCAAACUCCACUAUGGCCAAGACCAAAGAGCUGUCAAAGGACACCAGAAACAAAAUUGUAGACCUGCACCAGGCUGGGAAGACUGAAUCUGCAAUAGGUAAGCAGCUUGGUUUGAAGAAAUCAACUGUGGGAGCAAUUAUUAGGAAAUGGAAGACAUACAAGACCACUGAUAAUCUCCCUCGAUCUGGGGCUCCACGCAAGAUCUCACCCCGUGGGGUCAAAAUGAUCACAAGAACGGUGAGCAAAAAUCCCAGAACCACACGGGGGGACCUAGUGAAUGACCUGCAGAGAGCUGGGACCAAAGUAACAAAGCCUACCAUCAGUAACACACUACGCCGCCAGGGACUCAAAUCCUGCAGUGCCAGACGUGUCCCCCUGCUUAAGCCAGUACAUGUCCAGGCCCGUCUGAAGUUUGCUAGAGUGCGUUUUGAUGAUCCAGAAGAGGAUUGGGAGAAUGUCAGAUGAAACCAAAAUAUAACUUUUUGGUAAAAACUCAACUCGUCGUGUUUGGAGGACAAAGAAUGCUGAGUUGCAUCCAAAGAACACCAUACCUACUGUGAAGCAUGGGGGUGGAAACAUCAUGCUUUGGGGCUGUUUUUCUGCAAAGGGACCAGGACGACUGAUCCGUGUAAAGGAAAGAAUGAAUGGGGCCAUGUAUCGUGAGAUUUUGAGUGAAAACCUCCUUCCAUCAGCAAGGGCAUUGAAGAUGAAACGUGGCUGGGUCUUUCAGCAUGACAAUGAUCCCAAACACACCGCCCGGGCAACGAAGGAGUGGCUUCGUAAGAAGCAUUUCAAGGUCCUGGAGUGGCCUAGCCAGUCUCCAGAUCUCAACCCCAUAGAAAAUCUUUGGAGGGAGUUGAAAGUCCGUGUUGCCCAGCGACAGCCCCAAAACAUCAUUGCUCUAGAGGAGAUCUGCAUGGAGGAAUGGGCCAAAAUACCAGCAACAGUGUGUGAAGACUUACAGAAAACGUUUGACCUGUGUCAUUGCCAACAAAGGGUAUAUAACAAAGUAUUGAGAAACUUUUGUUAUUGACCAAAUACUUAUUUUCCACCAUAAUUUGCAAAUAAAUUCAUAAAAAAUCCUACAAUGUGAUUUUCUGGGAUUUUUUUUCUCAUUUUGUCUGUCAUAGUUGACGUGUACCUAUGAUGAAAAUUACAGGCCUCUCAUCUUUUUAAGUGGGAGAACUUGCACAAUUGGUGGCUGACUAAAUACUUUUUUCCCCCACUGUAGGUCUUGGAUGGCAGGAAGCUUGGCCCCAGUGAUGUAUUGGGCCGUACGCACUACCCUCUGUAGUACGGUCGGAUGCCGAGCAGUUGCCAUUCCAGGCGGUGAUGGAACUGGUCAUGAUAAUCUCGAUGGUGCAGCUGUAGAACCUUUUGAGGAUCUGGGGACCCAUGCCAAAUAUUUUCAGUCUCCUGAGAGGGAAAAGGUGUUGUCUUGCCCUCUUCAUGACUGUCUUGGUGUGUUUGGACCAUGAUAGUUUGUUGAUGAUGUGGACACCAAGGAACUUGAAACUCGACCCGCUCCACUACAGCCCCGUCAAUGUUAAUGGGGGCCUGUUCGGCCCUCCUUUUCUUGCAGUCCACGAUCAGCUCCUUUGUCUUGCUCACAUUGAGGGAGAGGUUGUUGUCCUGGCACCACACUGCCAGGUCUCUGACCUCCCUAUAGGCUGUCUCAUCGUUGUCGGUGAUCAGGCCUACCAACCACUGUUGUGUCGUCAGCAAACUUAAUGAUGGUGUUGGAGUUGUGGGUGAACAGGGAGUACAGGAGUGGACUAAGCACGCACCCCUGAGGGGCCCCGGUGUUAAGAAUCAGGGUGGCAGAUGUUGCUGCCUACCCUUACCACCUUGGGGCGGCCCGUCAGGAAGUCCAGGAUCCAGUUGCAGAGGGAGGUGUUUAGUUCCAGGGUCCUUAGCUUAGUGAUGAGCUUUGUGGGCACUCUGGUGUUGAACGCUGAGCUGUAGUCAAUGAACAGCAUUCUCACAUAGGUGUUCCUUUUGUCCAGGUGGGAAAGGGCAGUGUGGAGUGCGAUUGAGAUUGCAUCAUGUGUGGAUCUGUUGGGGCGUUAUGCGAAUUGGAGUGGGUCUAGGGUUUCUGGGAUGAUGGUGUUGAUGUGAGCCAUGACCAGUCUUUCAAAGCACUUCAUGGCUACCGACGUGAGUGCCACGGUGCGGUAGUCAUUUAGGCAGGUUACCUUCGCAAUCUUGGGCACAGGGACUAUGGUGGUCUGCUUGAAACAUGUAGGUAUUACAGACUGUCAGGGAGAGAUUGAAAAUGUCAGUGAAGAUACUUGCCAGUUGGUCUGCACAUGCUCUGAGUACACGCCCUGGUAAUCCGUCUGGCCCCGCGGCCUUGUGAAUGUUGACCUGUUUAAAGAUCUUGCUCACAUCGGCUACAGAAAGCAUGAUCACAAAGUCGUCCGGAACAGCUGGUGCUCUCAUGCAUGCUUCAGUGUUGCUUGCCUCGAAGCGAGCAUAAAAGGCAUUUAGGAAGCAUAAAAGGCAUUUAGCUCAUCUGGUAGGCUCGCAUCACUGGGCAGCUCGCGGCUGGGUUUCCCUUUGUAGUCCGUAAUAGUUUGCAAGCCCUGCCACAUCCGAUGAGCGUCAGAGCCAGUGUAGUAAGAUUCAAUCUUAGUCCUGUAUUGACGCUUUGCCUGUUUGAUGGUUCGUUUGAGGGCAUAGCGGGAUUUCUUAUAUGUGUCCGGAUUAUUGUCCCGCUCCUUGAAAGCGGCAGCUCUAGCCUUUAGCUCGGUGCGGAUGUUGCCUGUAAUCCAUGGCUUCUGUUUGGGAUAUGUACGUACGGUCGCUGUGGGGACGACGUCGUCAAUGCACUUAUUGAUGAAGCCGGUGACUGAGGUGGUAUACUCCUCAAUGCCAUUGGAUGAAUCUCGGAAUAUAUUCCAGUCUGUGCCAUCAAAACAGAUGCAUAUGAAAGAAGAGAUGCACAUCCCUACAUACUAUUCUUCCACAAGAAUUUCCAUCAUUUGGUGUUUUGUUGAUGGUGGUGGAAAACACUGUCUCAGGUGCCGCUCCAGAAUCUCCCAUAAGUGUUCAAUUGGGUUGAGAUCUGGUGACUGAGACAGCCAUGGCAUAUGGUUUACGCCGUUUUCAUUCUCAUCAAACCAUUCAGUGACUACUCCUGCCCUGUGGAUGGGGGCAUUGUCAACCUAAGGGGACAUAGCCAUGGUAGCCAAAAUAAUGGUCCGCCCAGAAUUUUUGUUGUUGAUUGCUUAAUUAACUCAGGAACCACACUUGUGUGGAAGCACCUGCUUUCAAUAUACUUUGUAUCCCUCAUUUACUCAAGUGUUUCCUUUAUUUUGGCAGUUACUUGUAGGUGUGGCUCUGAUUUUGUGCAAUCCUUACAAUUUAUAGGGCUCAUGCACAACAAACAUUCCACCAGAUUUGAGCCAUUGAGCUAAUUCUUAGUUGCAGUCCCUGCAGUCUAGUCCUGGUCCUAAGGGGGCUGAUGAAUGUUGUGUGACAGUUGGAACACCAUUUUGAUGUUGACUAAUGAGGAUGCUCAUUUGAUCCACAGAGUGACUUUUGUAUUUUAUUCCCUGUGGGCGUCAUUAUUUUUCAAGGAAGCACCUCUUCCAUUGUCUGAACACAAACUCUUGCAAUCCAGCUAGUUGUAAUAUGUUCUUUGCCAUAUUAUUCAAAUACAAUUAUUUUCUGUUUCUGUGAUCUUGCUCACUUUUUCUUUCUUUUGUUCUGCAGGGAGGUCUGUAUGAUGCGAGUGUGGGGACCCAGCCAGGCCAGCGCUACAAGAGGGUAUCCCAGAUCCGCAUUCGGAAGACUGUUCCCAAACCAGACAACAACCUUACUCCCAUGGGCCUGCCCAAACCAAAGAGGUAAGGAAAAACCUUUAAAAACUCAGUAACUAACAAAACAAUGGGAUUAUUGAAAUACCAAGGCUCAUGUGAUCACAUAGAGUGCCAAUAGUAAAUGCUCAAGUCAAGAUAAAAGAUGCAUGUGUGAAUUGGGCCAUUGUGUCUUACUAGUAGUUUAAUCAACUAUCCUCCUGUGUCUUGACUGUGUUUUACAUGUUUUCUUUUGUGUACAUCCCAUCAGACUGAAGAAGAAGGAGUUCAGCUUGGAGGAGAUUUACACCAACAAGAAUUACAAAUCACCCACUCCCAACAGGUCAUCCAUCAUCAUUUUUAUUAUUCAAACUGUACCUCAAGUUGGAGAACAUGACAAUGCACAGUAUAUUGAAACUGCUUGUUGUUAGUCAAUAGGCUGUUAAAAUAGGCAUAGGGCAAUUCCACGUUAACGGAAUUACGCUGAGGCUCACAUUUUUCACUUUAAAAUGUAUGCCAAACAAAAACCAAUGAUUUCAAAGUUUAACAAACCAUACACCUCUAUGCACAAUGACUACUUUGAACAAUUUACACAGUAAAUAAAAAAACAUUUACUGUAAAAACUGUGCAGAUGCAACUCCCUGACAACUCCCUGAGUUGUAUUGUUACCAAAAUUUGUAUCUGCACAGUUCUUCCUGUAAAUGUGUUUUUGUAAAAAUUUCUGUGGAAAUUGUUAAAAGUAGUCCUUGUACAUAGAGGUGUAUGGUUUGUUAAACUUUGAAAUCAUUGGUUUUUGUUUGGCAUACAUUUUAAUGUGAAAAAUCUUAAUCUCAGUGUAAUUUUACCUUUGAUAUUCUUUAUCACAUGGUUUAUCAUUUUGUUUAGUAUAUUGUAGUGCUGAGCGGUUAACUGAAAUUUCUGUUAGUUUUAGUUUUUUAAACAACUCAUUGACCAAUGUUGGUUCAAUUAUUUGAAUUCCAUUUAGUUAUUUUGUUGUUGUUGUGAGCUCGUAGUUUAGCGCAGAAAACGAGGUAAUUAACUACAAUGACCAUAAUCCAUUGUGCGUCUACUUGUCCGGUCUGUGUUUCUUUUAUGCCUGUUAUGUAAAAGAGACAGAAGAAUGUGUAAUCAAGAGGAGAGCAGUUGCUUAGCGAGGUAUCUCUACCUGAAAAUACAUGAUCUAAGUGAUUGAUAGUUGGUGUUCAGCAGUCAUAAAAGUAUGCCUUAUUUACAUUUACGUCAUUUAGCAGACACUCUUAUCCAGAGCGAUUUACUUUGAAGAACUUAUAAAAUAGUGAUUUUGUCAGACAGCAUAGGUAGCAGCUCUAUAGAGAUAAGAUGAUGACUUGGAAUGAAAUAAUAACGACAUCAAAUAAAACAAAUGUAAUAUACAUAACUGAAAUAUUUUAGUAAAGUAAUGUCAAUAAAUGAUGAUUCAUAAGUGAUGAGCAGUAAUGGGCAGUCACUACCAUCAUGGGACUUUUAUUAAUUGUUUUAUUCUGUGUUACAGCAUUCAAUCCACAUAAUGCAUAGUGCAUUUCAUGUUUUUAAAAAUAACCGGAAUCAAACCGACCUCAAAAAGCACUAAUCUCUCAGCACUAGUAUAUGGUUUAUCAUAUUGUUCUCCCAUACUAGGAGCCUGGAGACCAUCUUCGAGGAGCCCAAGGAGAAGAACGGAUCGCUGGUCUGCAUCGGCCACCAGAAGAGGAAGCGCGUGCUGGACUUCCCUGACUUCACACUGCCGCGCAAACGCAAAGCCCGGGCCAACAUGGCGCCCCUGCGUGUAAAGGGCCCCAGGGGGCGUGGUCGGCGGGGGAGGCCUGACGAUGCCGACCUGGAU